AUGGUCGUCCAACGUAUGAAAACCGCGUAUCGGUCCGUUCUCUUUCAGAUCGUCAUUGUCGGUUUGGUCGCUUUCUGCGAACCAGGCAUCUGGACUGCACUGAACAAUCUUGGGGCUGGCGGCAAUGCAUCGCCAUUCCUCAAUAACGCUGCGAAUGCGCUUACCUAUGGACUUAUGUCAGUGGGUUGUUUCAUAGCUGGAGGUGUAUCGAACAAAAUCACUGCCAAAUGGACGCUGUUUAUUGGCGCCGCCUUUUACACACCUUACGCUGCCGGACUUUAUUGCAAUAAUCGCUAUGGCAACGAGUGGUUCAUGCUACUAGGUGCUGCACUCUGUGGUAUCGGUGCGUCCCUGCUGUGGGCAAGUGAAGCAGCUAUUGCUGUUGGCUACCCAGAAGAUGAGAAGAGAGGCCUUUAUGUCGGUAUCUGGAUGGGUAUUCGACAGAUGGGACCAUUGGUUGGCGGAGCCAUUUCCCUAGCCUUGAACAUCAAGACGAAAGAGAAAGGCAAGGUGACAUACACUACUUAUCUCGGCCUCGUGGCCAUCUCAUCCCUCGGUGCUCCGUUCGCGCUUCUACUUUCACAGCCUCAGAAGGUCAACAGAAGCGACGGUACCAAGAUCCCGUACAUGAAGAAGACAAACUUCAAGACAGAGGCCCGUGCAAUCUUCCGUCAACUGAAGAACCCGUAUAUGCUGUUACUCAUCCCUGUCUUUUUGGCUGGACAAUUCGGUGUGACUUACCAAGGAAACUAUCUCACCACUUACUUCACUGUCCGCUCGCGAGCCCUAGCAUCUUUCCUCACCGCUGUGGUCGGUGCUCUCGCCAACAUCCUAACGGGUCUCGCCCUAGAUCUCCCACAAUUCUCCCGCCCCGCAAAGUCCAAGUCAGUCUACAUCUUCGUCCUAAUCACCGUCACCGCAUCCUGGAUCUGGAACGCCAUUGUAGAAGUCAAACUCUCUCGCAUGGCAACCCCGCCAUCCUUCGACCUUGGCGACGGAGCUUUUUUCAACUCCGCUUUCACUGUCUACAUGUGCUUCCGCUUCUUCUACGAAGUCCUGCAGACGUACAUCUACUGGCUGAUGGCGGAGAUCAAGGGCGCGCAGGGCGAUGGAGACGUCGCGCGUACGACGGGUAUUCUGAGGAGCUGGGAGAGUAUUGGCAGUACGAUUGCGUAUGCAAUUGGGGCAGUGCAUAUCCCGAAUCAGACGCAAAUGGUGAUUGGGUUUGCACUCUGGGCGCUUACAGUGCCGUUCACUUUGAUGGCUGUAUUUGGAGAUUGGAAUAAGGGUGUGCCCCAGAAUGAGCAUGAAAGCUCGGAUGAUAGCGACUUAGAGGUACAGAGCGUGAAUUUCGGUGGGCGGAAAGGUUGA